UGCUUACACCACAUGAUUUGACUUAUAGAUCCUCUUUUGCCCAUGGACAGUCAUUUGGAGAGGCAAAAGGAAAUAACUAUCUAAUGCAGUGUCUUUUAAGAGAACAUAUAAAACAAUGGAAUUUCACUCUGAUUUAGAAAAUUUGGACGAAGAUGGGUAUACUCAAUUAGACUUCACCUCUAGAGGCAUCACCAGAAGACCUGUGAAAGGUGAUCAGAAGGCUUCUCCUCCUUGGCGGCUGAUUGCUGUGACAAUCAGUGUUAUCUGCUUGAUAACACUGGUGAUAGCUGUAGUCCUGGGUGUCCUGGGACUCUUUUCUAGCCCAUGUCCCCCUGAGUGGAUCAUACAUGAGAAGAGCUGUUAUCUAUUUAGCAUGUCACUAAAUUCCUGGCAAAGUAGUAAGAUCCGAUGCUCUCAGCUGGGCUCUCAUCUCCUGAAGAUAGACAGCUCAAGUGAAUUGGUUUCAAAUCAGAAGCACAGAUACCCAGGAAAAUAUACUUCACAAUUGUGGAUGGAUUCAUAUGUCCACUGUUUAUGACCAAUACUGUUAUGUAACCUCAUUCAGUAUCUGUGAGAAGAAGCUGUCGGAGUAAGGGGGCGGAGAAGUAAUCAAAGGAGAUAAGUAUAUGAGACUGUAUGGAUGGCAAAAACAGAAGAGUGAUAUUUGAGGUAUACAUAGAUGCUGAAAAUGUUAAAAGUGCAUGGCCAACUUAAAUCUCAGCGGAGAAAUAGGAUAUAGAGGCUGUGAUUGCUGUACUUGUCAGCUCCAUAGGGAGGCCAAUCUUAUGCUAGUGAACACAGUCCUACUCAUGGAGUCAGGGCAGCUAAGCUUGAAUUUUUGUUCUACCAUUGCUAAGCCACAAGUCCUUGGUGAUUUCAAAGAAAUCUUCAUUCUUGGCUCUACCAGAAUGUUAUUAUUAUUUUUUUUUAUCCUCAAAAAGUUCCAAUGAGGGCUGGGGUUGUGGCUCAGUGGUAGAGCACUCAACUAGCACAUGUGAGAUGCUGGGUUCCAUCUUCAGCACUAUAUAAAAAUACAUAAAUUAAAUAAAGGUAUUAUGUCCAAAUACAACUAAAUAUAUAUAUGUAUAUAUACAUAUAUAUGCAUUUUAAAGUACCAAAGGAGUGUCAUUGUGUGUUUCCUUAAUUUGUUCCUCAACUUCUACCAGUAUAUCAUGCUUGCGUAGAAAGUAAAAUGUAGUUCUGAAUUACUAAAUAAAGAAAUGGAAAAAAAUCUUCACUAUAA